UAAAACCACCCCCCCACCCCCCAGCUCUACUCGUCCUCAGAGCCACCCCUGGUUCGGGUGUCCAGAGGUCCAGUCUUCUCUGACAUCACUUCCUGUUUCCGACACUUCACACACACGCUCCGACUGUACCACCUGGACGGGCAUGCUGGGAGAUCCCUGGAGAUUUCCAACAAGGUAGACAUCAGGUCAGAGGUCAACCGUGAGCUUGUCAUGAGGCUCAUCAGCAACGUCGCCAGCAGCAACCGUUUCUUCACUGACCUCAACAGUUUCCAGAUGCAGCAGCGUCGGACCCUGUCGAAGCUCCCCCUGCAGGCCAACUUUUACCCGAUGAGCUCCGCGGCGUUCCUGCAGGAUUCAACGUCUCGUCUGUCUCUGCUGUCGGCUCAGAGUCAGGCUGUCGCGUCUCUUAGACCAGCGUGGGUUUCCUCCAGGUGCUCUGACAUGUUCUCCCUGUGUCAGCGUGCGUUUCCUCCAGGUGCUCCGACAUGUUCUCCCUGUGUCAGCGUGGGUUUCCUCCAGGUGCUCCAGCUUCCUCCCACAGUCCAAAGACAUGCAGGUGAGCUGGAGGUGGUGUUGGACCGGCGGCUGCAGCAGGACGAUAACCGUGGCCUCGGUCAGGGCGUCACUGACAACAAGCUGACAGCAAGUCUCUACAACCUGCUGCUGGAGGACAGGAGGGGCGGGCCUCAGGAAGUGGGAGGAGCCUCAGUUGAACAUCUGUCACUGCUCGCCCACCUGACCUCGCUCUCCCUCAGCCACCCACCAAUCACCAUGGUUGCCCCUAGCAACAGUCAGGUGCCAAAGCUCCGCCCCUUCCUGCCACUCCGCUCAUCGCUGCCGUGUGACGUUCACCUGCUGAACCUGAGGACGCUGGAGGACUCGCAGGAAGCAGAAAGUCCGUCACAGGAAGUGGCCCUCCUCCUCCACAGGAAGGGCUUUGAUUGUAGCUCCACCCCUGAGCCGCCACUGCAGUGCACGUGGAGUGUGCACGAGGAGGUGAAUCUGGACGAUCUUUUCUCUCCUCUUCAGUUUGGUUCCGUCCGCCGGUCGGGUCUCACUCUGCUGCGAGAAGAUGAUGAACCUGAAUCCGCCCGGCAACAGCAGCCGCCACACAUCACUCACCUUCGACCAAUGGAAAUCAGCGCUUUCCGCGUGGAGCUCAACUGAAAAGUUCAAAUUCAACCUGAGAACUGUUCCAGUGUUGGAUCUGUGACACCACGAGCCGCCAAUCAGAAACUACAUACAGGAAGUGUGAUGUCAAAUAUAAGGCAGAUCGUUGGAUCAACAUUAAAAUCUCACCAAAAUAAAUCAAACAGAACUUCAAAAUAAAACUAAAAAUUGAAACUAAAAGUCAGUUUGAAAUGAAAACAAAAAAAUCCAAUCAGCUGUGAAGCUCUGCAGAGACGAGAAGUUCAAGAUGAAAAUAUACAGAUGGACACGGUGCCGGCAUCACUGCGGGAAAAAAACAAAACACAAAAAUCAAAUCUUUAAAAUGAUAAAACAAAAACUAAGUGUCUGAAUGAAGCAGUUUAAUCUUCUCUGUGAUUGGUCGGUCAGAUCGACACAUUAAAGGUCAACAAAAUGUGACAAUAUUUACAAUAUGAAAAUAUUCUUCUGUAAGCUAAAGGGUCAAUGUGAAGGUCAAAGGUCAAAUGUGAAGGUCAAAGAUAGAAAUACAUGUUUGAUUUGAAUGAAGAGAGGAACACUGAAAUUUAACUUACGUUACUACAGCAACAAAAAGGGACCGAGUCACUGAAUGUUUUUAAAUGUGUGUGUUUGUUUGUUUGUUUGUUUGUGUUUGUUUGUUUGUUUGUUUCAGAAGAGCGUGGAAUUAUGGGUAACACUGAUGUUCAAACACGCUGUUUAAAUGUUUAAAUGUUCAAACACGCUGUUUAAAUGAUUUUUUUGUUUAAAUUUUCUGAAUUUGCUGUGAAAAGUUGGGAAACUAUGAAAUCUACUGGAUAUAUUAUUAUUAUUAUUAUUAUUUUAAUUCUGAAAUUUUGUAUUUUCUGUGAACAGAUUUUUUGAUGAAACAUAUGAAGUAUUUAAAAUUUAAAAUUAUUUUUGGAAAAGGUUUCCUUUUUAUUUCCGUGAAUGUUUGUAGUUUGUUUUUGGGGCAGAUUUAAAGUUUUAAUACAAAAUAAAUUAUUGUUUAAUUUUC